GGUAUCUGCGCGCGGUUCUUACCAACAGUGGAUGAAGUCUGACGCACCGAGUGGACGACGCCGAUGCACCGAGUGGACGACGCCGAUGCACCUUCGCAGGUCCACGAUAUUUCGAGUGCACCCGCCUGCCGGCGGCAGAGUCCUCGUAAUCUACAGGGAAAGUUUCAUACUGAAUUGCGGGAGCGCGACCGAGAUGUUCAUUAUGGGCGCCGAUCUUGGCGCGAACCUUACGAGCUCCGACUCAUCUUGUCUUUCUUCAAUGCAGGCUCGGUGUCUACUUGUGGUCUGAACGUACGCGCGUUUCAGUCGGCCGCCUUUCUCGCCGUCGUCCCCUCCCUUUCCCCUCAUCGAUGCCGACAAUGUACCCCCGUCCUGUGCUCCGAGCGCGGCCCGAUGCGCUGUCACACUCAAUUCUUUGCGGGCGCCCCACGAGGCUCACGAGAUCGACCUUCGCCCAACAUGCGGCUCGCAAGACCUACUGUUCUGCGUAAGAAGGCGAAGCGAGUGCACACACUCAGUUUUCGGGGCGCUUCUGACCGACACCGUACCUCUCACGGCGAUAUCAGCUGUGGUGCGGCCCUCGAUCUCGACCUUGGUGCGCGGGAGGCGUCGGAUACUCACCUUAUACGUGGGUCCGACCAACAACAGUGCUUGAACUUGAACGCGUUUUGUAGGUCCCCGUGCGGUCAUCUUCCGGCGGAAGUCGUGAAGCGCGAGGGAUGCAUCCAAGAUAUCUCCAGCGGUGUGCUACCCGGUUCGGUGGGAAAGCACAUCCGCAUACUUCGCCUUGUAUUCUGGACGAACUGUGUCGAGUGAAGGCGGCGGCGUCCAACUUCCAGUCGCUCAUCGCUUGC